AUGGAAGGUUUAGCCUCUACAACAGAUUCAAUUUAAGCGAAUUGUAAAUUUGUAACAAGGCUAGAGAAGUUAAAGAAACUUUUUGAUCAAAGUCUACAAAAGAAAUAAGAAAAUAUCAUAUUUUAAAACCGUCAAGUUGAAAUACCCUAGUGGGUUGAUCUUUUGAAUUCCUAUAAGGAAAUUGAGAAGGAACAUAAUGAAUUCAAUUUGAACAAUGUUGGAAAAAUGAAAAAAAUGGAUUAAUCUGAAAUUGACUUACUUAAUGUUGUCGUUAGAUUGUAUGGUGAUAUCCACAAACUUCAACCGCUUUUAAUGGACGUAUUUGAUUGGGAUUAGAUAGGAUCGAUAUUGUUCAAUAGACAUUGGAAAGUUUGCAGAAGUAAAUGGAUGGAGAAUCAAGCGACUUCUAUUGUAGAUCAUCCUUGGUCUCGAGAAGAGGAUGCUAUAUUGAGCUAGCUUUAUGAAAAAUAUGCUGAGUAGAAUAAAUAUAAUAAAUGGAGUUUGAUAGCAAUGGAGAUGAGUAAGAUUUGUAAAUCCUCUCACGUGAGAUUGGGCAAACAAUGCAGAGAGCGAUGGAUAAAUAAGCUGAACCCUCAAGUAGAAAGAGGUCCAUGGUACAAAGAAGAAGAAAUCAAGUUGUUAGUUGCUGUUCUGAAUAAUGGAAAGAAGUGGUCAUUAAUAUCAAGAAGAGACUUUGAUAAUCAAAGAACAGAGAAUUGUUUGAAGAAUAGGUUUCAUACAAUAAUAAAAAGAGAAUCGUCAAAGUUUGAUAAGCACAAAACGCAAAAUAAGAAAUAAAACUUAUAAAAAAUAAACCUGGAAGAUGAAAAUAAAUUAAUCGAAUAAAUAAUUCAAGAAUUAAAGGAUGAAUCCUUCCUAUAACAACAGUCUGAUUUGUGGAAUACGGUUAGCAAAAAAUACCAUAUUUCGUAAUCAGAUCACCUUCUCGAUAUUAUCGACAAUAGCUUUCAGGUUGUGAUAAUAAAGAAAAAUAAGAUCAAUGAAAUUUUUUGA